GACAUCCCGGCUCUCGAGGAUUCCGAAGAGGAGUGUUUGCCGGUUCCAUUGGACCUAGCUUCAAUGCCCAAACUACCUAUUGAUCAGCAUCAGUUCCAGACCAAUUCUUUCGCCUCUGAGGGUCCAAAUAUCUCCUCGCGUCGGGCCAGAAGCCUGGCACUGUCGACCACAGAAAAACCUUUCGAUCAAUGCGACGAUCCCAUAACUAGAUGUCGUCACCGAUACACUACUCGAUCCCUAAGGAAAACCUCUACUAAGUCUACUUGCCAGACCAAAUCCGCAAUUGAUGAGGGGGCACAAAGACAGGCACAAAUUCAACAGGAGAUGCGUUUUCUCUCUCUAAGAAUGGACGGUCUGGAGGUUAUUGCUAGUAGCAUUAAGGUAGAUUGUAUUGAAAUUUUGUGCACCUUUCAUUGUAUGGCCUAG